UCGGCCAAGACUUUUCUUCACGAUGGAACGCGACAUUAGUGCCCUUGGUUGUCGAUGUGAAUUUGACCAGUUGGGCUUGAAUGCAGGGAGUAUGUAAGAUCGCCCGAUGUUUGCUUGAGUUAUUUUCCUUUGUUUUCUUGCCGCGAUUGUGUUAACGUUUUAAUUUUCGACCUGGAGACUGCAGGUGGAAAACAAAUAAACAUUCAUUGCUCUUGUCGCGCAUGUUGCUGCCGCGCAAUCGUCGAUGUUACUGUGAAUCAGGUGCCUCAAUUCUUCGCACGCAAUAUACAAAGAUACAACAAAAAGUCCAAUACAAUGGUAUGGUGAUGAAAACCCAAAGAGCGUGGCCGGAGCAUCAAGUUCAUGUGAAUAAUGGGGUCAAGUUGUUGCUCCCACUGUUUAUUGGACUUGGUCAACAAAACGGAUCAAAAACAGAAACAAAAAUAAACUAAAAACGAAACAGAAUAUAAUGGCUGACAUUGGAAAUUCAUUUACUGGCGGAGGGUGUAAAGCUGAUAAGACUGUGGAGUCUAGACCCAGACGGAGAACCUUCCCCAAGAUAAUGAAGCCCCCCGUCCGGGAAUCAUAAAACAAUCACUCAAAGCCAAACAAACAUAAACAAAUCAUCAGCGAAUGCCCAUGACGGUCUCACUCAUUUAGGGCCCAAUGCAAUUCUUAAAAUUCAAUCAAGCAUGCGGCGCAUUGGUAUUGGCAUCUACUCUAAUUGUCUAAUUGUCCCACGGCCAAAGACACUAGAAUAACACGGCUAUAUGUAUAUUUGACUGUCCGGCCACGAAUUUGAACGGAACGUUUUUUUUUCUUGGGCGUUUCGUGUAAACUGCAGAUAUUAUAAUGAAAUCAUAAUAAUCGGAAUACGCAAAGGUUUAUUUUAAAGCCAAUAUAAGCUACCCAGUGGAUUAGUAACAUUCUACGAAUAGCUGCAUACUAGUUGUUUUGUUAGACGUUGUUUUUAAACAAUUGAAACAGCUCUAACCAGCAACUAGCAACGCAAGCAGUUUUUUGGAGGUCUCGCUGCGCUAUUUUGAUGAGCAGCUUCUGCUGGACAUCCUGCCACGCGCCCCGUGUCCUGGCGAGGAUGAAGGAUCUCCGAUGGACGAGUUUGCCGACCUGUUUACGGUGAAUCAACUCCGGCAGGGAUGGGUGGUGCUGCACGUCUUCGCUGCGGUUUACUUCUUUAUCCUGCUGGCCAUCAUUUGCAACGACUACUUCCUGCCGACGGUGGAGUGCAUCUGCGAGGACUUGCAACUUUCGAAGGACGUGGCAGCGGCCACUUUCAUGGCUACCGCCACCUCCAUGCCCGAAUUCUUCACGAACACGAUCAGCACGUUGAUUCUGGAGUCAGAUAUGGGCCUGGGCACGAUUAUCGGCUCGUUAAUGUUCAACACAUUGGGAGUGGCCGGCCUAGCUGCGCUCGCCAUCGAUAAGCCGGUGCAACUGGACUGGUGGCCCAUAGCUCGCGAUUGCUUCAUUUAUAUCUUCAACACGAUUAUCCUGCUGGUCUUGGCCUGGGGCGGAAGCAUUAGUUUCACGGAGUCCUGCAUCAUGAUGGGAUUUCUCGUGCUUUACUACAUUAUCACGUUCAACAACAACAAGUUCAUGCCCGCCAUCCGGGUGUUUAUCGAGGAUCGUAUGAACUGCUGCUUCUCCACGCGAUAUGAUCUAACGGAGCCCCCAGAGAACAGUGCCAAGGCGCAGCUUCCGCUCAAAAAGGAUCCUCUGUCCGGCGAUGGCCUCUUUGUUGUCAAUCUUCCCGAAAACACCUCUUCCAUGUCUUCCACCGCUAACCUAACACAUCCCAAGCAUCUUAACGACGAGGACGACGUCGCGGACGGAGUGCCCGAGAGCAUAUACGCUUACCCUCGUGACGCAUCCGGUUGGAGGCAAUUCUGGUGGAUCUUCGUCUUUCCCAUUAAGGUCACGCUAUCCCUACUGAUCCCGCACCCGAUGAAGUACCGCCGACUGUACCCAUUAUCAUUUAUCAUGUGUAUCCUUUGCAUUGGCGGAAACGCCUACCUUAUUGUCUGGAUGCUGACUGCCUUUGGUGUGGCCAUUCAUGUGCCUACCAUUGUGAUGGGUCUGACCUUUCUGGCUGCUGGCUCUACCAUGCCGGAAGCCGUCUCCAGUCUUAUUUCCCUUAGAAAUGGGGAAAAUGGCAUUGGAGUUUCCAAUUCGUUGGGCGCCAAUUCCUUGGCCAUCUUGUUAUCCCUUGGAGUGCCUUGGUUCAUUAAGAACUGUAUACACUACGGAACUGGGGAGCCCCAGCAGGUUGGCACCCAGGGCAUCGAGUAUAACAUCCUGAUCUUGAUCAUAUCCACUGUGGCGCUGUUCAUAAUCCUAAGCUUCAGUGGAUAUCGGCUGACGAAGCGAGUGGGUGUAGCCCUCUUCACGGUGUACGGAGUCUUUAUUGUUCUACAGAUCCUCAUCGAGAUGAAUGUAUUCUUUCCCAGAGAUUGCAGUAGCUAGUGAUGGACAAAGAUUUCUUGUGAAAAAAUCACCCUUGCACAAAUCAUUUGGUGCUGGCACCAGGAGAUUAUCACUAUUACAAAGAAAACCUAUUUACACGACCUACAUUUUUGUGUAGUUAUAUUUAGGAAGUACUAUACCAUCUAAAAAAAUUUGAAUAUUUUAAAUGAUAAGUACAACAAUUUUAUGGCUUGACUGUACUUUGUAAUUAUCAUUUUAAUACUCCAUCAGGAAUCAGAGGCAGUAGACACUCUGUAUUUCUUACCCUACUUUACGAUUUAAUUAAUAUGUAAGACUGUCUAUAGAUUUAGAAGACGAAGCUUCCAUCAGCUAUUUGUAUUUAUUUCGUGUUGAAUAUGUUUAUAUAGCCCGUAGUACGACCUACAAAUGUUUAAACCGUUACCAAAGCACAAAACGAGAUACUAGCAGUUAAGAAAAUAAUACACGCUUAUCAGGAAGAGUUCAUGAUAUUCACCCAUUAUGCCCAGGUCCGCCAAAACGCUGAGAAGAAAUUCUCAACAUCAUACACAACGUUCUGUUGAUAUUCCGCGUAUAUGCUUUGUCUAAUAUACUUGAUACCAUUAUUAUUCAUUUAUAAAUAUACCCUAAGACAAUUCUUACCGAAUCAAUUUAAAGACAAUUUAAUGUCUUUCAAACUGAUCCCGAGACUAUCUAGGGUCCAAUUGAUUAGACUCUGAAGCCAGUUUUUAAAUAAAACAGAGAUAAUUGGGUUGCGGUCUGUCGUUAGGCUUUUAGUUUCUUUCAGGGGAUUUACAAAUUCGCAUUGGGGAAUAAUUUAAAUUACCUUGAAGUUGUUACAUCACAAAUAAUAUCAUUGAAUGAGAUCAAGUACACCUUAAUACACAUCCAAUAUGCAAAAUUCGUGGAACGAUACCCAAGUUAAUUAAUUGGUGUGUAUCUAGGCGUGUACACUAUUUAUCUUAAAGAUAUAUAAGUACAUAUGUAAAUAUAUGGGAAACUUUAUGUCUCCAUUACCACUAAAUAUAAAUAAGUUUAAUAAAGGACUUUGUUUUUGUUUGCA